AUGUCAGCAGCAGAAGAUCUCCUGGGUGUUUGGUUUGAUGUGCAGCUCGUGGGGAAGCUGGCUCUUUCUGUGGCUGCUGUACUACUCAUUUCCUGGGCUUAUAAAUUUUACAGCUCCAGGGGCCAAGCCAUUCACCAGAGUACAUCGGGUCAAUCUAAUGGGAAGGUCCUCCAGCAGACAUGCUCUCCAACAGCUCUGGGCACGUGUAUCAACUGCAAAGCAGACCUGCGACCAACAAAGAAACGCUCACCUGAAGACUGUGAGGGGGAAAGUGCGGAAGCUGCGGAGCCCUCUGAGAGGCAGAAUGUGGAACAUUCACCUGAACAUUUCGGGAAUGAGAGUUUGGGACCUCACAAUCACUCACCUGAAAGUUUUGAGAGAGAGACCCUGGGAGACGAUAAACACCGCCCCCCUGAUCAUUUUGAGAAGACACUGGAGGCCCACAAACACUCCCCUGAGAUUUCCUUGAGUGUAAGUGUGGAACACGUUGAAUGCUCACCUGAAAAUCCUGAGAAUGAGUUUUAUCUUCAUGGCAUAUGUGACACAAGGAUAUAUGCAAAGGUGUGUUCAAAGAACACCAACUACACAGAGCAGCGGGACACUGAGGUGAACCAGCCGUCUGCAGCGGCAGAUAAAAGCCCAGAGACAGCUCUGAAAGCAUUGAAUUUGAAUAUGAAUCACGAGGAGUCAGAGGAAAAUUCUAGUAGUUGCACUUUGAGUGCUCAGGUCCAGUCACCACUUCCUUUGAAUGAAUCAGGCCAAAUGAGCCCAACAGGCCAGCGUUCCCUCAGCAUGCUGAGGAAGUUUGAGCCAAGCGCUGGGGUCAGCCGAGAGCUGAGGCAAGACCUGGAGCACCCGGGGACCUUCUCCAGCUUCCAGUCCAAAGUGGAGAUCACGGUGGAGGACGGUGACCUUUUACUGGACAGACCAGGGGAUACACCGGUCGAGGUGCGGAGCAAGAUCUACGAUUAUUACGCCGAGUCUUCUUCCCAGUCCAUAUCAGACAAUGCAGUGUAUGCCACCAGUGUCUCGAGUCCGAUCGCAAGGCGGUAUGAUGACAGCCCGCCGCAGGACUCACAGCUGAUUGGAUUAAGUGGAAGACUGGCAAGGGGAGGAGACAGCUGUGGUGGCAGCCGUGGCGCUGAGCCCUUAGUCCUGAGGUCCUGCACUUCACCUCUGUUAAUGCGAGACCUCAUCCUCCCUCAAGACCCAGGGCUCCCCGGUGAGGAUUCACACUCUUCGAUCACUGCGGAGCCUGCUUCUGUCGAUACACUCAAGCUCACAGAGAAUGAAGGCUGUCUGCAGAUGGCACAGAGCACAGAGAUUCCCUUCCUGAGAUUUGGAGCCUCAACCCCAGGGAGCAGCAAGCUGGGCUCUAGAACCCCUUCAUCUGAGGAUCUGUGCCCCAGCUCUGCCAGUCUAGCAUACAAUCCCAUGAUCCUCAGUGAGUCAACAGCUGGAGUAAACUUUUCACAAACACCAGUGGAGAACAUUGACAGCUCAGAACUGGAAAGCCUACUGGGUCAGCUGGACUUAAGCAACUGCUUGCAAGCACUUAGCCUAGCCAGAGAGCACAGCCAUGCUGCUCUCGAAGAGGCUGCCCUGAAAGUCAUGUCCGAUAACUACCUGCAGGUCCUCCGAGACCCGCGACUGUACGGUAGGCUGAAAGCCACCGACAGGGAUCUAAUCCAGAAGCAACGAAUGAGGGGAAAGCGGUACUUAAUGGUGGCUGAUAUGGAUCCCCAGGACUGGAUGAGGGCUGAGUCUGCCACUCAGGCAGAUGAGUCCAGAACCUCCAGUGGGCUGUACUGUUAUGAUGACUACAAGGACAACUGGUGUGUCAGGUGUUCCCUCCCUAAAGAGGUGGUUUCCAUGGGCUGUGCCAUGUGCACAAUGGAUAACUACCUCUUUGUCGUUGUCGGGUGCCAAGGUACCGACGGCCACAUCGAGCCCUCGAGGAAAGUGUUCUGCUACAACCCGGCAACAGACAUCUGGAAAGAGAUCUGCCCCAUGAAUGAAGCUAGGCCCCUGUGCAAACUGGUGGCCCUGCAGGGCUACAUCUAUGCCAUCGGAGGCGAGUGCCUUUACACUGUCGAACGCUACGACCCGCGGGCGGACAGGUGGACCUUCGUCGCACCCCUGCCCAAUGACACCUUCGCGGUGGCCCAUCGCGCCACCGCCUGCAACGGGGAGCUCUUCGUGUCAGGUGGCACCUUGAGGUACACACUGCUCCGCUACAACCCCAAGACAGACACGUGGAAGCAGAGCGUGAUCACCGGGAACAAGGAGAGGACAACUGCAAUGGUGGCAGUGAGGAACUUCCUGUACCGUUUUGAUGUCAAUCCUUUGCUGGGCAUCAGUGUGUAUCGGUACCACACCAUGGCCCGGCUUUGGUACGAGUGCUGCUCAAAGCGCUUGCCCUACUGCUCCACAUUCCAGUGUACCGUCAUGGACGAUGUCAUCUACUGCAUCAACAGGCAGUUCACCAUGAGAUUGCUGGCAGAUGAAGUAUCCCCUGUCUUUGUUGCGGAAGACGUAAAAGUCCUCUCCGAGGCAAAGGGAGUUUUGUUCCCUUUCACCCUGGUGCUUCCUGAUAAGGAAACCAUCCAGACCAGCGUGUGA